ACUGCUGCUCGAGCACAGAGAGUGUUUACAUCUUGACCUGUGAUUUGAAAUGUUCUGCAUCGUUUCACCUGCUCUGACUCAAACUUCAGUUUUAAAAUAUGAAUUAUUAUUCUUCACACGAAGCGUUAAACCAGGUCUCAUGGAAACCACAGUUUUCUAAAGGUUUAAUUGAAUUUAACGAAUCCAAAAGAUCUGUGUCUUUCAAAGCUCCGGUUGAAUUAUAAUAAAAUGUUUUUCUACAUAAUGUUGUAACAGCAGAGUUUAAAACCUGAGCUGAACACGAGCUGUGGAGAUCAGGACCGUUAUGCACAGAACAUGUCCUACUGAUAGAACACGUCCUUACUGCACAUGAGUCAUUAAGAUAACCAGAAGUAAUAUUCAAGCUUUAUGAGCUUUUAUUGCUGCAGAUGUUUUUCUACUCAAUGUAAAAACAACCGAGCUGAUAACAGGUAAUAUAUAUCCUGACGUUGAUAUGAGUAUGAUACCGCUCCAUUGGGCGAUCCGAACCAGGAAAAAAAAAAUCCUCUUCGCUCAAUUGGAUAGACCUACAACCAAUCAGAGCAACGUAGUGUGUGACGUAUGUUAAGCGACGCAUAGUUGUUGUCAACAGAGCUCCACUUCACGCGCGCUGGAAGAAGGAGAAGAAGAAGAUGAGUGAAAACGACUUUUGCCGGUGUUGUAAAAAGUAUUUAAGGAUACACGGACAACUCAGCAACACGAACAACCUUUUUGAGAGAAACGGUAAAGACGAGUCCACGUACGAACAAGUUCUGCGUUUGGGAUUACGACUCCAAAUCCCAUCGAAGAGAUCGUGUCGCAUUUGUCGGGCCUGUAAGAACUUGAUAACACGGCUGGACCGCGACCUCCCCGUGUUUAAAAAAUGGACAGACGACGAAGGAGACCAGGCUCAAGAAGCGUGUCCAUCUGGGGCAUCAGAGGAAAGAGACCGGGGGCCUCCUCCCUCCAUGACGCCCGGGGCUCUGAAGAAGUUCUGCCCCGAUCCGUCAACUCCAACCGGUACCACGACGCGAAGCAGCACCACAGAGGUUGUCACCCAUUACCCAUCACAGACUGUUGCCAAGAUGUCUUCGGAGCCCCCGCUGGUCGGAGGCGGAGCUGCAGGGAAAGCGACUUCCUCUUCAGUUGUGGCAGGAAACAGGAAAUGGGACGGAGGCGGCGGGAUGGACCAGAUCAACAUGGUGAGAAUAGACGACACUCACAUCGCAGAGGAGCCGUCUGACCUCGGGGGAAAGGUUAAAGGUGAAGCAGUGGACUACUACGAGGUGGAGUACUCGAUACCUGCAGAGGAGGAGGAGGAGACGGAGGAGGAGGAGGAGGACAGCCUCUACGUGAUUGAAUAUUCAAAUCCAGAGGAGGAGGGGGACAGCUACCAGUUCACCAUGUCUGUGGACAGAUCGCUCUCGGCUAAACGGCCGGUCAAACAUCCAGUGGUCAAAGAAAACGCCACAGCUCCUUCAGCGAUGGCGUCCAGAACUCAGGGGUCGUCCAGGCAGACGGUGAAUCAGAAGAGGAAGAUGAGAACAGAAGAGGAGGAGGAGGAAGAGGAGGGAGCUAUAAGAGGGCAUGGAGCUCUGAGAGGACGACAGCUAUGUGAGGGAGUCGGGGAAAGACUCCAUCCCUCGAUGCAGCAUCUGUGACCGAGGCCUCAAGACAAUCGAGAUGAACCUCGCCGAUCAGUUCAGGCACGUGGGGGGGGGGGG